GUUUACUCACCGCUGCGAGCCAACAGUACGAACAGUACGGGUGAAACUGUCUGUCCAUACGCUAGUCACAACAGCAGCAUUAGUAGCAGCUGAGUGAAUUCUUUUUCGCUUUAAUUCCGCAUAUUUCGCACAACAACAAACAGAACGAAAACAUAAUGUCGUCAACAGCCGUUCAGCCGCCUCCAUCUGCUCCACCACCGCCACCACCAUCAGCUGGUGCUUCCGCUGGAAAGGGCAUCCACUCAAAGGUGUACAAUGGCAUCAUUGGCGUUUGUGACAAAUUUGUGCCAGCUAAAAUGCGACCACUUUGGUUGCAUCCUGCAGGUCCAAAGACGAUAUUCUUCUGGGCGCCAAUCUUUAAAUGGGGUCUGGUUGUGGCCGGCCUCAGCGAUUUAGCACGUCCUGCGGACACGAUCUCAGUAUCAGCUUGUGGUGCAUUAGCUGCCACUGGAAUUAUCUGGUCCCGUUACUCGCUGGUUAUUAUACCCAAGAAUUACAGUUUGUUUGCCGUCAAUCUGUUUGUGGGCUUGACACAAUUGGUGCAACUUGGCCGCGCCUAUAACUACCAAUUGGAGAAGGAGAAGUUGCAGAAAGAAGAGGAGAAAAAGCCAGCUGUGACUGCAUAAAAUUCUAUGCAUAUUGCAUACUGAUGAUGAUAAUUCAAUUUUGGACACGCACAUAACGCAACGCAUAUCAUCCACAUUGCGUUUUAUAUUGAUUGAGUUGUGUUUAAUUUAAGACAAGAAAUCACAGUUUUUUGGUGGUUAUUUGUUGCCUUAAGAAUAACGUGAUUCAUAUUCCUUAAGUUGUAAUUGUUGGAGGCUUCGAGUAUAUAUUUUAUUUACACGUAGCAUUAUUGGACUUUAGAUGAUUUUUGUCAACAAAUAAAAAAACAAACAAAUACA